AUGGCCAGUAAUCGAAUGCGCCGAAUCGGCAAGGAAAUGGCCGACAUCCAUGCCGAUAUCAAAUCCCAGAUUACAGCUGUGCCUGUGAAUGAACAAGAGGAUAUCACACAUCUCCGCGGCUCUUUCCCGGGGCCCCCGGGAACUCCAUAUGAGGGUGGCACUUAUAACAUCGAUAUCAAGAUUCCUACCGAUUACCCUUUCAGACCCCCAGUCAUGAAAUUCGAGACCAAGGUCUGGCAUCCCAAUGUCAGCAGCCAAACGGGUGCCAUUUGUCUUGACACGCUUUCCAGUGCUUGGUCCCCCGUUCUGACCAUCAAGUCUGCAUUGCUAUCAUUACAAUCUUUACUUAGCACACCAGAGCCGAAGGACCCACAAGAUGCCGAAGUGGCCAACAUGUUGCUGAGAAAGCCAAAGGAAUUCGAGCGUGUUGCUCGACAGUGGGCUGUGAUUUAUGCAGGUGCCUCCUCGGAUGGCUCUGAGAAUAUUGCCGGUCAAGACGAGACAGGUGGAGCUAUGUUUGAUAAUCUGGCACAAUACGAUGGGUAUAACCGUGACUUGGUUGACCGAUUUGGCAGCAUGGGCUUUGAUGUAGUCCGCGUUGUAGAGGCAUUCCGAGAUAUUGGAAUUGACCGGAACGGCGGUACAGAUUACCAGCUCUCAGAAGGUCAAAUGGGCGACGUAACUGGGCGUUUGCUUGGCGAAUAG